CAUCUCUUUCUCUGUCGCUCUUCCAGGUACACGCCCUUUGACUUGUCAGUGGGGGGAAAAAAAGUUUUAAGGAAAGCAAAAAUCACGGAAGAAGACUUUGCAGUCCUUCUCGUUUGGCAAGUUGCGUGGACCCAAAAGCUGGAGUCGUUGCCGCGCAGAAGACCAGAAAAAAAGUCAAUUUCGUGCACAUUUCCACGCUUGGCUUUCACGACAGCGCAGUCAUGGAGGCAGCCAUUCAGACGGUGGUCAAGGUCUUCCUGAAGUCCGGCAAAGGGAAGGAGAGUCUGGGGAAGAAAGACUUCCAGAGCCUGGUCAAGAGCCAACUCAGCAACAUCCUGUCGGACACAGACAGCAAAGAGGCGGUCAACAACAUGGGCCAGGGCCUGGACGCCAACCAGGACGGCAAGGUGGGCUUUGAGGAGUACAUGAAGCUGGUGGGCUACCUGGCCAAGUCCCUCAGCGAACAACGGUGUCGCGCCAAAGAAGAGCCCGCCCAGAAUGCCGCAGAGGCGCCACCCGCAGCGCAAAACUCCCCUGAGGGGGAAACCAAGGCAGAUGCGGAGGUGAAGGCGGACGGGAAGGUGGACGCCAAGGCGGACGGGAAGGUGGAUGCCAAGGCGGACGGGAAGGUGGAGGUAAAGAUGGAAGCGAAGGUGGAGGAGGCCGAGAAGAAGAAGGAGGAGGUGGUGGAAGAGGAGAAGCCUGCAGCAGCAGCAGCAGCAGCAGCAACAGCAGCGGCGGUGGUAAAUGCGGCUGACGCGGGGGUGACGGUGGACGCGUCAUCGUGCACCGCGGAGGUGGUGGUGAGAGAGCUGGAGGAGACAGAAAAGGUGGAGGAAGUGGUGGAGAAGGUGGCUGAGGCUGCCAAGGAAGAGGCUGAGAAGAAGACGGAGGACUCAUAGGGGACAAUCCAUCCAUUCACCAUCCAACACACACACACACACACACACACACACACACACACACACACACACA